UCCAGCUUUAUCUGUAUAUGAAAAUCAUGCAGGCUACUCCAGGAUAUGAAAUCUUCACAAUUGUCUACUAUUUAGUUACAUCAAUAUGUGCCAUCGGUGGUUGUGGUUUUGAUUCUUACUACCUGGAAAGCUGCUUUUACCUUUCUGGACAUUUUCGAAUAAUCCGCCAACGCUUCCAGGCAAUUCAAUACACAGUUUUGAAAGAAAACAACAACAAAUUCAAGAAGGAAAUCUCCUCAAUCAUUGACUACCACAACGAGAUCCUCAAUUCUUGUGCUGUUCUUCAGGAUCUUGUUCGAUCAGCGAUCUUUCCAUUUGUUCUCUUUGAUUCUAUCCUUAUUUGUACAUGCGUCUAUACGCUCAUGAUGGUAAAUAGCCUGAUCGUCACAAUUGCGUUCGUAGGACUAACAACAGCUGCACUUGGACAAAUUUUUAUUCUAACUUACAGCGGAGAAGUUCUCACGGGUCGUAGUCAGGAACUCCUUGAAGGGAUCUACAAUUCAGAGUGGUAUCUUGCAUCCCCUCAGCAGAGGAAGUUGAUGAUUGUUUGCAUGAUGCGCUCCAGGAAAGGAUUUACCUUUCAAAUGGGAAUCUUUCAGCUGGCACUAACUACCCUAUCAGCGAUCGUUCAAACUGCAGGUUCUUACAUUGCUUUAUUGAAAACUUUAUCAUAAAAUGUUCACCUAAAUCAGCUAAUUUAUCGUACAGAAUAUAUUGUUCUUAAACAAAGCGGAC